UAAUGUCUGGUCGCGGUAAAGGAGGAAAAGGUCUAGGAAAAGGAGGCGCCAAGCGUCAUCGUAAGAUCCUUCGGGACAACAUCCAGGGUAUCACCAAGCCCGCCAUCCGUCGUCUUGCUCGUCGUGGUGGAGUCAAGAGAAUCUCUGGUCUGAUCUACGAAGAGACUCGUGGUGUCCUCAAGGUUUUCCUUGAGAAUGUCAUCCGUGAUGCUGUCACCUAUACCGAGCACGCCAAGAGAAAGACCGUCACAGCCAUGGACGUGGUCUACGCUCUCAAACGCCAAGGACGUACCCUGUACGGAUUUGGUGGUUAGAUGAGUUUCUCAUCUCAUUCACAAAC